CUACAUGGCACGUCUCGGGUAUCCGAGUCUUGUGGGAGCACCCGGAUCCUACGGGAUGAGGAAAUUCGGGACGGGUUGUGUCAUACCCUCUCCACGUUGCAGUUAAGGAAAACUACUAUAGUUGUCUCCGUGAACUAGUAGAUUUAAUGCAAAGCGACGAACUUGCUAUUGAAAAUCGUAGUGGCAAUACUGCUUUUUUUAUUGCUGCUGCAAUGGGAAGGGUGAGACAUGCUGAACUUAUGUUUGAAAAGAAUGAAAAAUUACCAAGUAUCCGUGGAGAAAAGGAAAUGCUACCAAUUCACAUUGCAGCUCAGGGCGGCCAUGAAAGGAUGGUGGAGUUUCUUUAUAAAGUCCAAGGACCCCUGGAAGAAAUGGAUAGUAACAAAUUUUUUGAUUGCUUGAGGAUAAAAGAAUACAUAAAAAAAAUGUAUAGAGCUGCAUUGAGGAAUGACUGGAACACAACUAUUAGAGAUGUUUUUAAGAAAGAUCCAGAGAAUAUUCCACUGUAUUUAACUGCUAGGAUUUCAGACAACCAUGAUAUGGCUCUCCACAUUGCAGUUGCGGCAGAUUCUACUAUGUUUGUUCAAGAACUGGUAAAUAAGAUGGAAAAAAAAGAUUUGGCUAUUCAAAAUUGUGAUGGAUGUACUGCUUUUUUCUUGCUGCUGCAUCUGGAAGGGUGGAACCUGUCAAGCUGAUGUUUGGGAAGAAUAUAGAGUUACCAAGUAUCCGUGGACAUGACGAGAUGUUACCAAUUCAAAUAACAACUCAGGGCGACUAUAAAGAGAUGGUGACGUACCUUUAUGGAGUCACUAAAGAUAAAUUAACAGAAGAUGAUCUCAUCGAAUUGCUUCCUAAUCUGAUCGCUAGAGUUGAUUUGUUUGAUGUUGCAUUGAAUUUGCUUGAUGAAUACCGUAGUUUAGCCACCAAGAGUUUGAUGGGGAGGACAGCGUUGCAUGUCUUGGCUGGAGCACCCAUGAUGUCUCGUGACUCUGCAAAUCAAAUUCAGCAAGGAAUUUUGAAGAGAUGCUUCAACCUAUUUUCCGGCAGCAAGAAGUUGCCCCAUGAAAAGCUACCCUCGAAGGCACUUAAACUAGCCAAACUCCUUCUAGACAAAGUAGAUUGUCGUGACAACAGGAUUCAGUACGUAAUAAAGGUUGCUGUGGAAGAAGAAAACAUCGAAUUUUUAAGUUUAAUUAUUUGUGAUUAUCCCGAGUUGAUAUGCAAAAUUGACAGAGAUACAUGUGGCAAAACAAGAAGAAUGGUCUGACGGUACCGGCCCACCCCAGGUGCGAG